CGGUCCACUGGGGCAGAGGAGAGGAGAGGAGAGGGGGAAGGGAACAAGAAGAAAUCAGUGCUAAAGACGACAUAUACAGAAACCAAAAUAUUUUACUUCCAAAAAACCCAAAGAAUAAUAAUAAUAAUAAUAAUAAAAGACCAAUAUUAUCAAAAUAUACGACAGACGAGUUUGCAUUUGCAAAGCAAAGCAUGCCCACCAUUUGAUGCAAAACAAGUCUCCAUUUUUUCCAUGUGUGCGGUUUAAAACCCCUUUAUAUUUGAUUCAAAUUGGCAGUAUUUUCAUUAAAAACCUCGGAAUGUUGCCUGCUUUUUUAGAUGAUCAUGUUCUUUGGAAAGGUAGUUUUUGGCGAAGCUGGGUUCUAUUUGGUAAAUAGAGUGUGAAGCCUUUCUAAAGUACAUAAACUUAAAAUAAUUUAAGUAGUUCACUAGAGAUAUCACCAGAUUUGGAGCAGCAAUGGCUCCUGGAGGCAGUGCUUGCAAAGAAGUUGUUGAAUCUCAUCCCUCUGUAGCAGAUUAUGACAUUGCUACUGCAAAAUCCGAGAGUAAUACUACAAUGAUGAAGAGUCCUGUUAGUUUGCUUGGAAAACAUGGAAUUCAUUCAAACAAUGGUGUUUAUGAACUCCUUGAGUGUCCUGUAUGCACAAAUUUGAUGUACCCACCAAUUCACCAGUGCCCAAAUGGACAUACUCUGUGUUCUAACUGCAAGAUUAGAGUGCACAACUGUUGCCCAACAUGCUGCUAUGAUCUUGGAAAUAUAAGGUGUUUAGCUUUGGAGAAAGUUGCAGAAUCCUUGGAACUCCCUUGUAAAUACCAGAACCUAGGUUGCCAUGAUAUCUUCCCCUAUUACAGCAAGCUCAAGCAUGAGCAACACUGUCGGUUUCGUCCCUACAAUUGCCCCUAUGCUGGGUCUGAGUGCUCUGUUACAGGUGACAUCUCAACCCUUGUGGCACAUCUCAAGGAUGAUCAUAAGGUUGACAUGCAUGAUGGAUGUACCUUCAAUCAUCGAUAUGUCAAAUCAAAUCCACACGAAGUUGAAAAUGCCACAUGGAUGCUUACUGUGUUUAAUUGUUUUGGAAAACAGUUCUGCUUGCAUUUUGAGGCAUUCCAGUUUGGCAUGGCACCUGUCUAUAUGGCCUUUUUACGUUUUAUGGGUGAUGAUAAUGAAGCAAAAAAGUUCAGUUAUAGUUUGGAAGUUGGUGCCAAUGGCCGUAGACUAAUAUGGCAGGGGAUUCCCAGGAGCAUCCGGGACAGUCAUAGGAAAGUUCGUGACAGCCAGGAUGGACUUAUUAUCCAAAGGAAUCUGGCUCUAUACUUUUCUGGUGGGGAUAGGCAAGAGCUGAAGUUGAGGGUAACUGGCCGUAUAUGGAAAGAAGAAUGAGAUAGGAUUCCAUGGAGAAUUAAGGUGAUUUUGUACAGUUUCAAAAGGUUCUGAGUCUUAUUGGGAAACAGAUGAAGCUUUCAUUUUUCUGAUGGGGGCUUUCUUUUGUAUUUACAUGUUGUAUUUUGACUGGGAUCUCUGUCCUCAACAGUCCAAUCUCUCUGUUGACCGCUGCCUUCUGCUGAAUGUUUAGUGUAGGAAAUGAUGAUUUAUAUGAGUCAACUUGGUUGCUCAAAGUUUAAUGCAGCAACAUGUAUGAACUUUCCCUUUGAGUCCUUAAAAAGGUCUUUCGGCAUCUUUUGGCUGUGAUUGCCGUUAGCUUCCUGUAUUAAACCACUUCCUCACUAUUACAAAGUGCUAUUUUGCUCA